UGAAAAAUAAUUAACUUGUGAAAAAGGCAAAUUUUCCGACGAAACACCACAAAAUUCAUAUAACGAAUAAUAAUGUCAACGAAUAAGUGUUUGUUCUGUAACAUUAGCAGAGGGGAUGACGAAAAGACGGCAUUACUUCACAAAGAUGAGUCGAUGGUUGUAUUUCGUGACAUCAAGCCUGCCACGCCCCACCACUACCUUGUGACAACGAAAGAACACAUUUCCGACGCAAAGCAGCUCACGGCACAGCAUAUUUCUCUCGUUGAGAAAAUGGUAGAAGUUGGCAAAGAAGUGGUGGCACAACAAGGCGGAGAUGUAAAUGACCUUAGACUUGGUUUUCAUUGGCCGCCAUUCCACAUGAUAUCGCACCUGCAUCUUCACGUGAUAUCCUCGACCAAUCAGAUGGGCUGGAUUGCAAAAGGAAUAUUCCUGCCAAACUCCUACUGGUUUGUCAACGUUGACUGGGUGUUAAACAGAAUACGUGGGAUGGAGGAGAAGCUUCAGUCACCCACGGCCCUGGCCCAAGCAACAGAUAGCUGUGACUCAGGCUGAUCCUCUCUUUACAAUGAUUGCGUCGACAGCUUUAACUGUCAAAUUUAACCAUAGCCAAUAAAUUAUUUGAAUUAUUAUGUGAAUCACGACAUUGUAAUAUAUACUUCUUUAAUAUCAUACAACGAUAUAGAACAUUGUUCAAUUUAUUACGUCUGUAUGUAUACACAAGUAACAAGUUGCUUAUAUACAACCAAUGGUAGAUUUCUUUCA